AUGGUGCCUACAGCUGACAACGGAGCGGAUGAUGCGACGCGGUCGCAGAGCAAGGCGGACCUUAGCCCGGAAUCCCGGUGGCUAAGCGGUCCCGCAUUUUUGAGGCAGCCAGCAAGCGGCUGGCCAUCGCCUGAGGAGGGAACCGAGCAUGUUCCGGAUGCACCUGAUGAGGAGGAGAUGUCCAGUGAGUUUGCAUUGGUGGCAUCGAAUGAAUUUGUCAUCCCGUUCCAGAGAUUCUCGAGCUUCAGUCGCCUGGUGAGGACCACAGCCUGGGUCCUGAGGUUUGCGCGGCGGUGCCGCAAACAGAGAAGCGAGCUCGAGGAAUAUGGACUCACUGCAACGGAGUGUGAGGCCGCGGAGAACCUGUUAGUCAGGCAGGCCCAACUGGAAUCGUUUCCCGACGAGAUGAGGACGGCGGAACGCGGAAAGGACGUCGCCAGCUCGAGCGAGAUUCAAGGUCGGGCGCCUUACGUGGACGAAAGUGGAACUUUCCUUAAGUGGAAAGUGGGCGCCUUACGUUAUAAACCUAGUGUUUAUAAAUUUUAA